CCAGGCCCACCGCGGGAGGCCGGCGCGUCCCGACCCGCCGCGCGAUGCCGGCCGCUUAGGAUCCAAAGCUUCAACACUCGUUUUAUUCUUUUCUUCUAAAAAAACAAACAAAAACAAAAACAAAACAAAACAAAACAAAAAAAGAGGAGGGGAAAUUCUGGUCGGUGGCAGGCAGCCCGGCACACACACCCGCCCUCAUACCCCGGCAAAAGCAGAUGCACUUUGACUUCUGACAGCUCUACCUCAAGCCCAGGAGAACUCCACGGCGCUUUCCCUGCAACCCGAGCUCGCUGCGUCCUGCUCUUCUUUCUCUGGCUCCUUUUUAUUUAUUUCUGUCCCGUCGCUGCUCUCGGUGACCUUCACUCCUCCUAGGGCUCUGGGCCGAACAGUCGCUUUCUCCCGGCCUGAGACUCUUGCUGGUCCCAGGAGCUGCAGCCGCGCUGCUGUGCCCCGGUGCCCUGGGACUCCCAGGCUGCACACUCCACCGAGGUGCCCACCGCUCCCCAUCAGCCUCAUUUCCAGCCCCUUUUGAUUUCUUGGUGCAGGUUUUGGCUUGCACCCCCAGUGUGUCUCCUCUUUUUGGAGGGGUUGGGGAGCUCUUGCUGACGUCUUCGGGAAUCAUCCCCUAGGCUCUACUUGCUCUUCGCUCUCCCGGCCUCACCCGACCGAACCAAAGACCAUGGUGCACUGUGCUGGCUGCAAAAGGCCCAUCCUGGACCGCUUCCUCUUGAACGUGCUGGACAGGGCCUGGCAUGUCAAGUGCGUCCAGUGCUGUGAAUGUAAAUGCAACCUGACCGAGAAGUGCUUCUCCCGGGAAGGCAAGCUCUACUGCAAGAACGACUUUUUCCGAUGUUUCGGUACCAAAUGCGCGGGCUGCGCACAGGGCAUCUCCCCUAGCGACCUGGUGCGGAGAGCACGGAGCAAAGUGUUUCACCUAAACUGCUUCACCUGCAUGAUGUGUAACAAGCAGCUCUCUACUGGCGAGGAGCUCUAUAUCAUCGAUGAGAACAAGUUUGUCUGCAAAGAGGAUUACCUAAGCAACAGCAGUGUCGCCAAAGAGAACAGCCUCCACUCGGCCACCACGGGCAGUGACCCCAGUUUGUCUCCGGACUCCCAAGACCCAUCGCAGGAUGAUGCCAAGGACUCAGAGAGCGCCAAUGUAUCAGACAAGGAAGGGGGCAGCAACGAAAAUGACGACCAGAACUUGGGUGCCAAGCGGCGGGGGCCACGUACCACCAUCAAGGCAAAGCAGCUGGAAACUCUGAAGGCGGCCUUCGCUGCUACUCCCAAGCCCACACGCCAUAUCCGAGAGCAGCUUGCUCAGGAGACUGGCCUCAACAUGCGUGUCAUCCAGGUCUGGUUCCAGAACAGACGCUCCAAGGAACGCAGGAUGAAGCAGCUAAGCGCGCUGGGCGCCCGGCGCCACGCCUUCUUCCGCAGCCCGCGCCGGAUGCGGCCGCUGGUGGACCGCCUGGAGCCGGGCGAGCUCAUCCCCAACGGGCCCUUCUCCUUCUACGGAGAUUACCAGAGCGAGUACUACGGGCCGGGGGGCAACUACGACUUCUUCCCGCAAGGCCCCCCGUCCUCGCAGGCGCAGACGCCCGUGGACCUGCCCUUCGUGCCGUCGUCCGGCCCCUCCGGGACGCCCCUGGGCGGCCUGGAGCACCCGCUGCCCGGCCACCACCCGUCCAGCGAGGCGCAGCGGUUCACUGACAUCCUGGCGCAUCCCCCCGGGGACUCGCCCAGCCCCGAGCCCAGCCUGCCCGGGCCUCUGCACUCCAUGUCGGCCGAGGUCUUCGGGCCCAGCCCGCCGUUCUCUUCGCUCUCGGUCAACGGCGGCGCGAGCUACGGGAACCACCUGUCUCACCCCCCCGAAAUGAACGAGGCGGCCGUGUGGUAGCGGGAUCUCGCAGGCGCCGCGGAGUUCGUGCUUGUACAGAAAUGAACCUUUAUUUAAGAAAAAUAGAAAAAAGAAGAAAAAAAAACAUUAAAAAGCAAGUCACCCACCCCCCCACCCCCCAACCCCCCCACACACACUUCGUUCAGCGUCGGGGACCAUUUUCCCUCUGGGGAGUCCGGAUGGGAAAGGGGGACGAGAAAUAGGAUCCAAAUCCGCCUGGAGGCAGAACUGGGAUCCGUGCGCUGGCCGGCAAGGUGCGGAGCUGGGGCUCCCGAAAGGAGAUGCAGACCUCGCCCCCCACCUUCCACCUGCACCCGGCUGCGCGGACAGACUCCUCGAGCGCGCGCCUGGCCGGAGGGCCGCACGGUAACAGCCACCGCGGCCCGGGGGCGCACGCCGGUGGGGACGCCAGGAGCCCCCGGGAGGGGGGCGGAGAGGCGCAGCGGGGUGCGGGAGGGGGAGCAGCCCCGGGCGCCCCGGGCCAGCCAGGAGGGUGCUGGCCCUGGGAAAUCUCUUACUAGAGUUGUCUCAGUGUUCAGGAACAGCGACAACAAACUCUUAUAGCUUCAGAAACGCCGACCUGCUGUGCAUCAGGUGGGACUAUAUAUAUAUAUAUAUUUUUUGUCUAUCUGGGUUUUUGGUUUUUGUUUUUGCCAAAAUUGCAAAAUUCUCAAUGUAAAGCCCUCAGUAUCAACUCUUCUACCUUCACAAAGCUCUACACACACACACACACCCUCGAUAGGAUGGUCUCUAGCCGGACCACUCAGUAAAAUGACUUGAACAUCAACUGUGCAAGAAAGUAUUUUACCUUCACACAUACAAAAAAAAAAAAAAAGUUUAAAAAAAGACUAUUGAACUAAAAACAGUCAACUGUUUACGUAUAAUGUUAAAUU